UUACUCUGUCCCAAAGUCCAACCAACCGUCCAGACAAAGCAUGGUCUCCUCUCUGGUCUUCCGUACGCGAACGCCAAAGGAAGCAGGUGCGACUGCUCCACCGCCUCAAUAUAAGUCAAACAUCUCUCUUGUUCCUUUGUUUCCUCCGAAUUCGAACCCUCUCUUCUUCGCCUUCUCGAUCCCUCGGUCCUACGCAGUGGGGGCAUCGAUCGGGACCAGCGGAGGCGGCAACCUCGGAGGCGGAAGAUUAGGGUUGCAGACUCUUUGAACAUUCUCGGGAAGGGGAGGAGUCGCGGUGCAGAUACCGGUUUCUGUGAAGCAAUGGCAGAAAAUUGGGUUGAUAGCUUUAAUUUGGGUAGACAUUCUGAUGAGAGCCAUCAUGACGAUUCACGUGUUGAGCCUAUCUAUGAAGCAUUUCUUUGUUCACUUACGAAACAAGUUAUGCACGAUCCAGUUACCAUAGAGAAUGGGCAGACUUUUGAGCGAGAAGCUAUUGAGGAAUGGUUCAAGAAAUGCAGGGACAAUGGAAGGAUGCCAACCUGUCCAUUGACAAAUAAAGAAUUAAAGAGCACUGAAUUAAACCCUAGUAUAGCUUUGAGGAAUACCAUUGAAGAGUGGACCAAGAGAAAUGAAAUUGCCCAGCUGGACAAAGCAUGUAGAACACUGUCACUUGGAAGUUCUGAUGUUGAUGUUUUACAGUCACUUAAUUUCAUUAUAUAUAUUUGUCAGAAAAGCAGGUCAAGCAAACAUGCUGUGCGUAAUGCAGAAUUAAUACCUAUGAUUGCUGACAUGCUGAAGAGCAGCAACAGGAAAAUCCGACUUAAGGCACUAGAAACCCUUCGCGUCGCUUCUGAAGAAGAUGAUAAUAAGGAAGCUAUUGCUGCAGGAGACACAAUCCGAAGAAUUGUGAAAUUCUUGUCACCUGAGCAUUCACAAGAGACAGAAGAAGCUGUAUCAUUAUUAUAUGAGCUUUCAAAAUCUGAAACUUUGUGUGAAAAGAUUGGAGGAGUCAGUGGAGUGAUACUUAUAUUGGUAGGAAUGGCAAGUAGCAAAUCAGAAAAACACUUAACUAUAGAAAGAGCUGAUAAGACAUUGGAAAAUUUAGGAAAAAGUGAAAAUAAUGUCAGACAAAUGGCUGAAAAUGGUAGAUUGCAGCCGCUUCUUAAACUUCUCCUUGAAGGAUCACCUGAAACACAGCUCUCAAUGGCUGCUUAUCUUGGAGAGCUUGUCUUAAGCAAUGAUGUGAAAGUCUUUGUAGCCCAAACAGCUGGUUCGGUACUCGUCAAUGUCAUGAAAAGUGGGAGCAAGCAAGCGCGAGAAGCUGCCCUCAAGGCUUUGAACCAAAUAUCAUCAUAUGAGGCUAGUGCAAAGAUACUUAUUCAUGCUGGCAUCCUUCCACCACUUGUCAGAGACCUUUUCAUGGUAGGGAUCAACCAGCUGCCUAUGAGACUGAAAGAGGUAGCUGCAACAGUUCUUGCUAACAUUGUGUCUUCAGGUGCUAAUUUUGAGAGUAUCCCUCUUGAUCAUGAUCGCCGUACCUUGGUUUCUGAAGACAUCGUACACAGUCUUCUUCAUCUAAUUAGCAACACUGGACCUGCAGUUGAAUGCAAACUUCUUCAGGUACUUGUGGGGCUUACAAGUUCUUCAGCCACUGUUUUGAACAUAGUUGUUGCUAUAAAAAGUUCAGGUGCUACCAUUAGUAUUAUUCAGUUCGUUGAAGCCCCACAAAGAGAUGUCAGAGUGGCUUCUAUAAAACUCUUGAACAAUAUUUCUCCUUACAUGGGUCAAGAGCUUUCUGAUGCUCUUCGUGAGACUGCUGGUCAAAUCAGCAGCUUGAUUAAUAUCAUUGCAGAUGACAGUGGGAUCUCAGAAGAGCAGGCAGCUGCUGUUGGGCUCCUCGCCGACCUUCCAGAGAGUGACUCUGUUUUAACCAGGUGCCUCUUGGAUGAAGGAGCUUUCAGGAUAGCCAUCUCAAAAGUGACCAGUAUCAGACAAGGGAUAACUCGUGGGGGACGCUUUGCCACUCCUUUUCUUGAAGGCCUCGUUAGUGUUCUCUCGAGGCUCACAGACAUUCUGGAAGGUGAACCGGAGAUCAUUGCCCUAACUCGUGAGUAUAAUCUUGCUAGCCUUUAUACUGAUUUGCUUCAGAUGAAUGGUCUAGACAAAGUGCAAAGAGCUUCUGCCCUGGCUCUGCGAAACCUCUCCAGGCAAACAAAACUAUUAACAAGGGUCCCAGUGGUUCCAGAACCAGGGUUUUUCCGUUCUAUGUUUUCUUGCGCAGGCAAGCAACCAGUUAUUACUGGACUGUGCCAAGUCCACCAUGGCUUCUGUUCUGUAAAAGAAAGCUUCUGUUUGUUGGAAGGAAAAGCCGUAGAGAAGUUGGUUGCUUGUUUAGAUCAUACUAAUGAAAAGGUUGUCGAGGCUGCCUUGGCAGCCUUGUGCACUCUGUUGGAUGACGAUGUGGAUAUCGAGCAAGGAGUGUCUGUCUUAGAUGGUGCGGAUGGGAUUAAACCAAUUCUGGAAAUAUUGCAGGAAAACCGCACAGAGACGCUCAGGCAGCAAGCUGUCUGGGCUGUGGAAAGGAUCUUGAGGAUAGAAGAAAUAGCUUGUGAAGUUUCAGGGGAUCAAAACGUUGGAACAGCAUUAGUUGAAGCCUUCAGGCAUGGGGAUUAUAGAACGAGGCAGAUCGCAGAGCGGGCACUGAAGCAUGUCGAUAAGUUGCCAAAUUUCUCUGGGAUUUUCACCAAGAUGGGGCAAUAAGAGGGUAGAAAGACCAGAGCUUUGUACAUUGAGCUUGUAAUAUAUUCUUCUCAACUCCUGUAUUUUGAUAUAUUCUUUUCUGUUCGCGAAAAGGAGUGUUAAGGUUGUGGAUUCUAUUUUCAGAGAACACUCUUGCAUGGUAAUAAACCAUUGGGUUGAAAAGAAACGCCAAAAGGAUUCACACAGAUUGUUUAUAGAAGAAAGAGUAGGAAGCCAUUUGCUGAUGGGACUGCAAGAAAGACUAGGAAGCCGUGGCUUGUAGAUACUACAAAUUUUGUGUAUCGAUGUGGUGACAUUGAAUUGAUUUGGCAUUGUAAAGUGUAUUAGUUUUGGAUGAAUAUAUAUAGGUAACGAAUAUUUGGUAUUUUUAGCAUUGAUCAA